ACCAAAAACCAUUACCUGCCAUGGGCCAAUGGGUACAAUCCAUCCAUUAUAAAUAUAAGUAGCAAUUAACACGAAUUUCUAAGAUCUAAUUGUUUUCUACAUACACUGCAUGGUUCCAAAUUCCAAUAGACAUCUCUACCUAUUUAUCUCUCUUCCUCUCUUUGGGACUGAGCUCUAUCUUCAUCUCUCUCUAUUUCUCACUAGCUUGCACUCAUGAUCGAGAUGGCUGCCCGGACAGCGGAAGAAAACGCCGUCACCGGUGGACCACAGAACACGAGCAUUGAAGAUUUUGAUCAUCCAAAGAAGCCCAAGACUAGCAAGUUUGCUAUUGCCUGUGCUCUCUUGGCUUGCACAACUUCAAUCUUAUUGGGUUUUGAUAUUGGUGUAAUGAGUGGGGCAUCACUCUUCAUUAAAGAAAAUCUUAAAAUCAGUGACGUUCAAGUCGAAGUGCUUGCCGGUACUCUAAACAUCUACUCCCUCCUCGGUUCCGCCUUGGCCGGGAGAACCUCCGACUGGAUUGGCCGCAAGUAUACCAUUGUCCUCGCUGGGGUCAUCUUCUUGGUUGGAGCUCUCCUCAUGGGAUUCGCUACCAACUACGCCUUCCUCAUGGUUGGUCGGUUUGUUGCCGGAGUCGGUGUUGGCUAUGGUAUGAUGAUUGCUCCUGUCUACACUGCCGAGAUCUCUCCAGCGUCAUUCCGUGGCUUCCUCACAUCUUUCCCAGAGGUGUUUGUCAAUGUUGGCAUAUUACUGGGGUACAUAGCCAACUAUGCCUUUGCCAAGCUCCCGCUUCACUUGGGCUGGCGGUUCAUGCUCGGAGUUGGCGGAGUUCCAGCUAUUUUUCUCACCAUCGGCGUCCUAUUCAUGCCCGAGUCUCCUCGGUGGCUGGUUAUGCAAGGGCGACUCGGAGACGCCAGAAAAGUCCUCCAAAGAACUUCAGAGUCCAAGGAGGAGUGUCAGCUCAGAUUAGACGACAUUAAAGAAGCCGCGGGAAUCCCACCACACUUAAACGAUGACAUCGUUCAGGUCACCAAACGCAGCCGCGGUGAAGGCGUAUGGAAAGAACUGAUCCUUCAUCCUACCCCAGCCGUUCGCCAUAUCUUAAUCGCAGCCAUCGGUAUCCACAUCUUAGAACAAGCGUCCGGUAUAGACACUGUCGUUCUGUACAGCCCGAGGAUCUUUGAGAAGGCAGGUAUCACCUCCGCCAAUCACAAACUACUCGCCACCAUUGCUGUUGGAGGCACCAAGACCGUUUUCAUCUUGGUCGCCACAUUUUUCCUAGACAAGUUCGGACGGCGUCCGUUGCUACUGACCAGCGUGGGCGGAAUGAUCUUUUCCCUCUUGUUUCUCGGUGUUGGCCUUACGAUCGUCGAUCAUCACAAAGGUUCAGUCCCCUGGGCCGUCGGAUUGUGCAUGGCCAUGGUAUAUUUCAAUGUGGCAUUUUUCUCAAUAGGACUAGGGCCCAUCACGUGGGUCUACAGCUCCGAGAUAUUCCCCUUGAAGCUACGCGCUCAAGGAGUAAGUAUCGGUGUGGCUUGUAAUAGGGUGACAAGUGGGAUCGUCUCUAUGACAUUUAUUUCAUUGUACAAGGCCAUCACGAUUGGCGGGGCCUUCUUUCUUUACGCAGGAAUUUCUGCUGCCGCUUGGGUGUUCUUUUAUACGAUGCUGCCCGAAACCCAGGGAAGAACCCUAGAAGAUAUGGAGGUCCUGUUUGGUAAAUACCACAGGUGGAGAAAAGCCAAUGCAAUGCUCAAGGAGAGGAAGCAAGUCGACGGUGACGACAACAACAAUGGCUAAGUUCGCUAGGAAUAAUAAGGGCAAAAGAUUUAUUAGGGUUUGGUAGUAGCAUUUGGCUUUUUUGUCGAAUGAAGUAUCGGAUGCGUCAGUUGUGUGUGUAACUGCUGCGUACAAAGCAUUCUUCUUACUUGUUUUUUUCUUUUGGGAACAUCUCCUAUGCAAUGAAGGAAAUAAAUUUAAGACGGGAUUAGAUAUA